CAAAUUCUUCUUGUUCAGGUUAAGUGAAAUUAAGUGAUUAAAAAUUAAUUAAUUACCUGUUUUUCCUUCUUGAUUAAGUGAUAAAUUAAUAUAUAUCUGAUAGAGUGAUUUCAGAGCCGUCGAUUGAUAUAUUGGGAAUUAAAGAGAAAAGGUAAAAAUAUGACGGAAACAACCCAAUUAAUUAAAGAAAUUGGAACGGCCAUCACCUCCAAUAUCACAUAUGAAAACUUGGUAAAUAAAAUGUCGGAGAAAAAUUUAAAUGAAGCCAUUGUUAAGAUCAACUGUCAAUUACAAGAUGAAAAGGAAGUCUCAACUUGGUCACCUGAAGACAUCGUGGCAGCUAAUCAAAUAAUUAAGUUCUUUGGAGAUAAGGUUAACCUUAGAAAAACACCUAAGAAAACUCCACAAAAGCAAAAAAAUCAGGUUCCUGCUAAUCAACAGACUCUCUCUCAAUUUAUUGGUAAAAAGAGAUCAAGUAAUUCACUUCUCACAACACCAAAUAAAAGGACUAGAGUUCAUCAAGUUGAUCUUGUCAGCAAUGGUAGUGACAACACAGAAGAAGUUACAACUGAUGGAAUCACGGACUCAGAGAUUGAACCAGAGGCUGUACAAUCGGAAUUGGAAGAGAUAAACUUUGAUGUUGAUGUCGUUGGAGUUACAGUUGAUGAUUAUAAUCUCAGUAAAGCCAAGAAAUCAAAGGUAAUCUCGAAGAGAUAUAAAGAGGAAGAUGAAGUUCCUGAAGGAUGGUUUAAAGUUGAUCACCUUGCGCCAAAGCCAAUUGUACUUAUCGAGAAGAUUGAAAAAAUUGAGGAAGUUGAUCUGAUGUUAGAACAUGUAAAGGGUAUCCUUGAGGUUGAAGACUCUGAUUUUGGAGAGAUCGAGGAAAUCACAACAACAAACAAAUUUGUGAAAAUUAUUUUCAAGAAUACUCACAACAGAGACAUUUUUUGUCGUUAUGCUGAGAAAUAUCAGGAUGGAUGGACAGUUAAGGUUCCAACACUUCGAAAUCCUUGUCUGAGAAUCAUAAACAUUGACAGCUUAACUACUCUUAAAGAUGAAGAAAUAAUAGAGAGAAUUGUCAGAAAAAAUAAGUUUAAUCUUAAUGAGGAAACGUUAAUGAAGAUUGUUCACAGAUCCAAUCGUAAGAAUGGUAUGACACUCAUAUUAGAAGUUUCACCAAUAAUAAGAGAGUUAAUCUACAGAAGAAAGGGAAAACUUUUGAUCGGAUACAAAACCUUUCAAGUCUCAGAUUGUUUUGGGAUCAAAAUCUGUCAUAACUGCCUGUCUUACGGACAUAUUAACUGCAGUCAACAGAUCUACUGUAGGUAUUGCAGCUUAGGUCAUAUUGGAAAGUGUAAGAUAAAGGGUGACAAAAAACUGUACAAAUGUAAAUCUUGUAUGCGAAAUGGACAUCAAUUUAAUGAUCCUUCAUGUGAAGUAUUUCAAAAUAAGAUGUCAUAUGAACUUCAGUACAUCAAUUACACAUAUGAUUGGGUGAUGGCAGGAAAAAUAGAAUAAUCUGAAUGCU